AUACCUCAGAUCCGAAGGUCGUUUCUUCUUAGUAUUUCUCUUCGAGAUAUUUAAUAUAUAUGUAGUAAUUUAGGACGGAAAACUUGAGAAAUAUAUGUGUCUAUUAUUUUCAAGUUUGUGUUUAAUAUUCUCAGUAUGUAGGUUUGGCUUUUUCUUUGAGAAGGCAAUGAUAACCGAAUUUUGGCUGCAUCUAGAAUGCUUUAGUGUCUCAUGGUGGCAGUGAAAUUGUGUUUCUGCAAAAAUAAUCUCAUAUCAGGUCUGUUUUGCUAUGGCUGAAAACCUCAGUCCGCUUAGGCCCAUUGAGUUGCCUGUGGAUGUCGGGUGUAAUUCCAUUUAGUUCGUGGAGAACGACAUGAUUUGGAGCAGUGUAUAUUUUCCAUAUUCAGGGUUUGAAGAGUAAACGUAACUAGAAGCCAGCAGGUGAAUGUGAUGGAGCCAUCGCAAGAGGGAAGGCCAGCUUGUGGAAAUAAAAUAAAGCGGCCUCCCAAUGCAUAUAUUUUAUUUUCUAGAGAGUGGAGAAAGAAGAUUGCUGCUCUGUAUACUACAGAAAGAAGCACAGACAUCAGCAUGAGACUUGGUCUAAUGUGGAAUGCCUUACCAGUAGAGGAGAGGCAAAAAUACCAUGAUCUGCAGCAACUCGCAGCCAAAGAACACAGCCUGAAACAUCCUGGUUACAGCUACAACCCACAUAAAGCUCGAAGGCAAAAGGCUGCUCAAGUGGAUGCCCAUAGCGUUCUUCGUAUGCAAGUAUGUCGCUUAGAAGCUCAGUUAGCGGACAAAGAUGCAGAAAUCAGCAGAUUACGCUCUCUGGUCAUAAAAGUUCUGAAAGAAUACCACACUGCAGAGAUAGAGGGGCUGCAGCCUAGCUGCAGGCAGAAAGUUUCCUAGAAGCGAGAGAACAGUCCCACUGGCAACAAGUUCUGUAAUUAGAAAACCAGGUAAUGGUCCUCUCCAUGCCAAGCCUAAAGGUUAUUAUUUUGUAAAAUGAACCAGAAGGUUUCAAAAUGGUUUUGUAGUUGUGCCACCUUUUCAAAUAUAUAUAAAUUAUACAGGGUUAUAGAUGCAGUUGCUGAGAGAACAGAUAUCAAGAGGUGAAGCGCAAGGAACUUUGUGUGUUGAGGAGUUCCCCUACUGGGAGAGAGAUGCAGUUGCUGAGGCAAGCUCUCAGGGUUUACUGCAUACUGUAUCACAGCUCUUAUAAUUUCAGAUACUGUAUAUAACAUGCUCAAAUGUAUGGCUGCAAAUAUGUAAGCCUCUUAAGCAGUAAGGAGUGUGAAAAUUUUCCAGCUCCUUGUGUGUUAAGCUGAUGUUGUUUUGAUAGUUUAUUUGGUAUAGUUUGUUGCAUUUGCCUGAUAAAGUUCUUAUAGAGAACCCGAAAGUAAUGUGAAAGUUGAGGCACAAAAUACUAGUGUAUGUGUUCCUUAAUGUGUAGCACGUGGGCUCAGGCAAGUGCCAACUGGAUGUCUGCUGUCAAACUUGCACUUAUGAAACACUGUCUGACUCGUUAGCCUGUGAUAAAUAGCAUGCAGAACUUCAUGGCUAUGGGAAUCACGUCCUUCAUAUUAAGUGAUGGGGACUGUAAAAUCAAAACUGCCAUUUCACAUGUUUGUAAAACAAUUACCUUUAGAUGUAAUAGCCAUGUUAAUAUACAUUUUUGGCAGGUAUUUUUUGUGUGUGCAAACUGUCACACCUGGAAAGUCAUGCUUUUUAUCCACAAUCAGAUUUUAUAUAAACAGAAGUGACAAGUUAUCAGACUGCAAAACAUAAAUCUCAAUCAAAUAUGUACAUACAUCUCAGAAGUUUCCUUAUGAUUGAGUCUGUGACUUAAUCCACAGUUUUGUAUUUAUUUUUACUUACAUUAUAUUUUGUAUGGAUACCUUUUUAUAUUUCUGUCACACAAGAACUGGCAAGUUUGUUACAGGAUAUAACAAUGUAAUAUAGAUGUAUAUACUGUGAAUAAAUUUAUCAUGAUAAGAAUUGAAUUUUUGUUUAAGAAAUCUCUAAGCACCAGUACUGCCCUGUAAUCUGACAGAAGAACUUGCUCCUGGUCAAAGUAAAGUGACUGUUUGUUGAUAGAUUUUUUUGUUCUUUUUUGUUCAUCAUAUAUAUAUACACACACACACACAAACACUGUAGAGUCGUUAAGUUCGUGGAGUGUGGUUUUAUCGCAUCAUAUUACAAGGUAUUCACAUACAUUUACGCAGAUCCAC